AUGAAACCACUAUACAAGAUGCUUAUUGCUGUCAUGUACUUGGAGUACGUGAAAUGUAGCUGUGAUGCUAGAUGUUCAGGAAACAACUGCACAUCAGGGAUAACUGACACCCGACAAUGUUACGCUCAUUGUAUGGCAGAUUCAUGCUCCGUAGCAUGUUUCGGUGAUAACUGCACGUCUGUGUGUACAGGGCUGAUGUGUAAAGCUGGGUGUGAAGGCGAUCAGUGCGUGUCAAAUUGUACAGGUCUUGCUUGUAAAGCAUGGUGCUCAGGACACCAGUGUGAGAAACACGUAAUGCUUUGG